UUUGCGUAGGAGAUUUUACCGAGUACUGAAGAUUCGUCGAUUUGAUAAACUGUUACAGGUUAAGCUACAACCAUCUUAGAAGGUAUACCCUCAGACUUAUCUUUCCAUAGCGUUGAUCCAGGCCCACUCCCUACCCAGCCUUUUUCCUCCUUGGUUUAUCGUACUCACAUUGCAGUUGUCAGUUGUUGGAAUCAGAUUCUAGUCUUUAUUUCCUGCUGUCAGUAGCGGUUCAUUCCUUUUUCACUCAUCCUAAGGCCGUCAUCCUAUAUUCUUGGUUUUUUAUUGUUUUUUUUUUGAGCCUUGAUUAACUCCCAGUCGCUGAUCUAUUUAUAGACCCAGAUCACUUGCCAUGAAUUCCAUCCAGUAUAUUGCCGGAAAUAUCGAAAAACUCCUCCACACGUCGAUUCCUGAGGAGUCGGAGCAGUAUUUUGGCGAAGCUCACCACAACUCUGAUGACGAACCUCACGACGACAUGUAUGACGCCUCGCGCCACAGCGGGCGUGAAGACUCUCCGUUCGACGAAGGGGAUCCUCCAAGGCGAAGUGAAUCGCCAUUUGAAAAAACGGAAGUCAGUGAAUCUAGAGGUGGGCAAUGGUUUCCUAAAAGGGCCAGUAGUGAAUCUCGAGGCGGUUCGCCGUUCAACAAGACAAAUAAAUCACUCCUGCUCUGGCUCUGGCUACCCACCUACCUCCUUCUCUACCCCCUCAUGUUCAUGCUCACUGUCCUUCUCUACCCUCUCAUGUUUUUCAUGAAGCCGCGCCCUUCCAAAGGUGGUAAAUCUGCAUCCAUACCCCUUGAUGAGGAGGGGUUCGAGGAGCCACUCCUGCGUGGCAGACGCCACAGUGGCAACAGCGAAAGCUACACGUUGCCCCUUGAUGCUGCCUUUCCACUGAUAGAAUCCGCUCUCGAUCCAAUAAAGUCAACCUCCAUUGCCCAGUACAUUUUUCCGCCGCCGCGCACGCUUCUUCCACGACUGGUCAAGAAGAAAACGUUAGUACUCGAUCUAGACGAAACCCUCAUCCACUCUCUCAGUCGCACUCCCCGCGGCGGUACUGCUGGCCACUCCUCCAACACCCAAUCCACAAUGAUCGAGGUCCGCUUGUCGAACAUGCAAGCAGCGACCCUCUACCACGUGUUCAAGCGGCCCUACUGCGACGAGUUUCUCCGUGCGGUCAGCAAAUGGUUCGAAUUGGUGGUGUUUACCGCAUCGGUCCAGGAGUACGCAGACCCCGUGAUCGAUUGGUUGGAGUAUGAGCAGCCCUACUUCAGCAGGAGGUAUUAUAGGAGACAUUGCACGUUGCGGCCAGGUGCAGGGUACAUUAAGGAUUUGGCCAAGGUGUGCCAGAGCGCCCCAACAGGCGUGGGAGAGGACCUUUCGAGCGUGGUGAUUGUGGAUAACUCGCCGGUGAGCUAUGCGAUGCAUGAGAAUAACGGAAUUAUGAUCGAAGGGUGGGUGAACGAUUCGCAGGACACGGAGUUGUUGAGCUUGAUGCCGUUACUUAAGGGGUUAAGGUUGGCAAGCGAUGUGCGAGUAAUGUUGGGAUUGAAAAAUGGGGAGGCAGCGUUUGAAGAGUAGCUGGAAGCCCUUACUGGGUAUGCCCCCCUCACCGCCACUUUUUUCAUUCUAUACUUUGCACCAGGCCCUGCCUUUCUCACCAUAUUUGGACGUUCUGUUCACCGCCAUGCCUCUGUUAAAACACCCAGAUAAGAGAUGUGAGAGUUCAAUUUUAACCAACCCUGUCAUUAGCCUUAGCUGACCCUGUCAUUGCUGCACAGUGGCUCACCCAUGACCAGGUUCAUACUACACCAACCUUGGAGCCAUUAAUUUUGAUCGGAUAUUUUGUCCUGGGAAGCAUCCCUUUCAUUGUGCUUCGUCUGUAUCCAUAGCCUCGAUCAUUUAUUGACCUUUUUCUUUUCCAUAUGCCUGCGCUCACGUUUUACGAAUGAUGACUACUCUAGAGUUUUUUAACGAGUUCUUUCGGCCCACUUUUCCAGUGGGUUUCAUGCAAUAUAUUUAUUACGAAGCCGGUGGUUUGUAU